GCAUAAUUUGCAGCACGUUCCCGAAAUUUUCUUAAAUUGUUUUUUUUUUAAACUGGUUAACUUGCUGGUUAGUAUUUCCUGGAGCAGAGUGAAUAGACCGGCGUCCGUUUGAUCCGACGGCAUCAUUUCGGUGACCCAGCUUGCCUCUUGUAAGGACGCAGCUGCAAGAAUCCGGAAUGUUCUCCAGAGUCUGCGAUCGUCGCGGCCUUGGUCGCGGCAGUUGGAAUGCGGUUCGGCGGAUCCGGGGGAGGUGGAGAGUACGGAGGUUAUCGGGACAGCAGGUGCGACAACAGGCAGUUUGAUUUGAGCUGCAAGAUUUAUUUUGUGAUUUUGUUUAUGUAGAUAACGAAGGUCAUCGACGUCUUCCAUUUCGAACCACUCGCCGGCUUCCGGCUUAUCCUCAACGCUCGAUGUGUCACAGCCUGCGCCAACACCGGCGGCCAACGAUCUGCUAUCGGACCUGGACCAAGGCUGGCGCCAAGUUGACCCGGUGUACGAAGGACCUUUGUCAGUUGCGGAUUCGUUCUGGAGAGGAGUUGCAACGAACUACACGACCUCCUCCCGGAACUCCUCACCGAAGAUUGACGCUACCUCGUAACCCACAAGAUCUUCCCCGACCCGGACAAGUUGCUACUUCUAGCGAUGGCGGAGGGGUUGGGAAAGCGUCCAUGGCGGUUUGGGCGGUUGCUGUUCGGCGGGUUCAAGUUCAAUCGACUGCAAUUUGAGUGGUGACCAUUGGGUGGCCUGGUGGAGAAGCGAUUCGGCGGCCCAACUCAACGAGUGUACCCUGAAAGCAAAGCGAGUCAGCGACGACGCAACGAUGCUGCCAACGCCCUGCCAAAAGAAGUUCCCGCCUUCGACCGUGAUUGCUAGUUAAAAGUAUAUUAUUUAGAAUGUAAAUUAAAGAAAAAAAUCACGUGCGUUUAAAUAUAAAAACAACCUUUGUUAGCAGCAUC